AUGGUUGCGCCGUCUGCGGCUGAGCAGCAUUACAUGAAGUCUUCCAUGGUUGACUCGCAGCUGGAUUUGUUGGAAGAUCCUGUUGAUGAGACAGAUUUCGUUGUGUUGGAUUCUAGCCAGUCUCGAGAGAACAUGCUCGAGAGUGUGGUUCAGACGGUGCAAGAUGCCUUGGCGGCAUGA